AUGGUUUAUGAGGAAGUGGAUGUAAAUGAUCUACUCACAGCUAUAGAUCAUGUCAUUGACAAGGGACUCGUUGACAACCCACUUGAUUGGUCAGGUGCUUUAAUUAUGAAAUUUGCACCAGAAAAGUUUGUUGUUGCUGCUGUGAGGAAUCCUGUUUGUAAUUUUGCAUUGAUGGUUGUUCUUCAUGUUGGAGAUGGAGUAUUUGAGGUACGUCCUACCUUGGCUGACACUCAUCUAGGAGGCGAUGAUAUGGACAAGAGAAUAGUUGAUUGGCUUGCUGAAAACUUUAAGAAAGAUGCAGGCAUAGAUCAUCUAAAUGACAAGCAAGCUCUACAACGUCUCACAGAGACUGCUGAGAAAGCAAAGAUGGAGCUGUCAUCUCUGACUCGGACAAAUAUUAAUUUAUCUUUCGUUAUCGCCAUUGUGGAUGGCCCAAAACACCUUGACACCAUGCUGACAAGUGCCAAAUUUGACGAGCUGUAUUCAAAUUUGUUAGACAGGCUUUCCUCCAAAGAUAUAGAUGAAGUUGUUGCUUUUGGGGCUGCCGUUCAGAAGGACUUGAAAACUUUUUUUUGGGGGGGGGGGGGGUGCAAUGACAAAGAUUAUCGCAAGGAACACAAUUCACCAACUUCCUAAUCAGAGGUGUUCUCCACCACAGCAGAUGGACAGACCAGUGAAGGGAUUAACGUCUAUCAGGGUGAGAGAGAGUUCUCUGUCUAUCUAAAAAACGGAUGAGAGAGAGUUCAUGAAGGCCAACAAAUCCCUUGAAAUUUUUUUCAUAGAGCCAAAACCAGUGCUAGCACCAUGCCAAGUGAUGAGGUGGAUAGGAUGGUUAAAGAAGCUGAAACUUUUGCAAAAGGAAGACAAGGAAGAGUGGGAUGCCAUAGAUAGAAAGAACCAAGCUGACUCAGUUUUGUAUCAAACUAGAAGCAACAAAAAGAGUUGGGAGACAAUGUUCCUAGUUGACAAGGAGAAAGUAGAGGCUAAAGUGAAUGAGGUCAUGGAUGCCAUCCCUGGUGGAUCUACCCAAGCCAUUAAAUAUGCAAUGGCUGUCUUGAAUCAAGAAAUUAUGUAACUGGGGUAGUCAAUGUUGAUGUUGUUGUGUCUUUGAAUUGGAUUGUCUAUUAGCCAUUUUUCAAAUUGAUUCUUUGCAUGGACGACAACUAUUGUUUAGCCUUGAAUUAUGUUAAGAGUUGAAAGGGAACUCUUUGAUAUAGAGUUAUUUGGGUGUAUUGGGGUUUGGGUUUGUGAGAGUGGUUCUACACGACCUUUGUACUCUCCAUAUUUGUUAGUGAAACUUUCUCCUUGUCACCGCCCGUGGAUGUAGGCCAAAGGCCGAACCACGUAAAUCCUUAGUGUUCUCUCUA